GUACUCGGCACCGGCAGGAUUUACGACACCGCGCUGAACGUACGGCAGUCGGCGUUGUAGCUACGGCAGUGCGGGCAACGUGAGAAGUUUGGUUUGGGUUUUUUUUUCAGACUUUAAUAGAGAAUAAAGGGAAAAAAGUCCAAGUGUCCGAGGCGCCAUGCACGACAGGUCGCUGCCCGCCUCCCCCAACUGGUACUGCUCGCGCUGCAGUGACAUCAACGGCGGCGGUUUGCUGGGCGUCGGAGCCAAAAACAUCAUUUUUCUGAUCGAUGUGUCCGCAUCCUCCUGCAGGGUGGUGGGGGAGCUCGUCGGCCAUAAGGACUUGGUGUCAGGCUUUUCGUUCUGUCAGCAUGCAGGUCAGAGCCACACCUGUGUCAGCUCCUCCAGCGACGGGAGCGUUUGCUUCUGGGACUCGCACACGAAGACCCUCACGAGGGAGCACGCAGCUCAUCAGAACCCCGUCUCAGCGGUGCACUGGUCCCCGGUAGAUAAAAACCUGGUGGUGUCGGGGGACGAGAAGGGCGUCGUCGUCUGUCACUGGUACCACACAGGAGACACUGCCAGCUUCUUUCCCGAGCCCAGGACCAUCUUCUGCCUCACCUGCUCCCCUCACACCUGGAACUUGGUGGCCGUCGGGUACAAAGACGGGAUGAUCGUGCUGAUUGAUGUGAGCAAGAAAGGCGAGGUGACGCAGCGUCUCCGUGGACAUGAUGAUGAGGUCCAUUCGCUGGCAUGGUCGCCGCUCCCCGGCGAGGGCGCCCUCUACAGCAGACCGGAGGAGAGUGAAGUGCCUAAUGGAGAGUCUGCAGGGGAGGAGAAGGGCUGCUAUCUUGCCUCUGGGAGCAAAGACCAGACAGUGAGGAUCUGGAGCACGGCGAAGGGCAAAGGUGUGAUGACUCUGAAGCUGCCGUAUCUGAAGAAACGAGGCUCUGCGGUCGACCCCGGGGUCAGAGAGAGACUCUGGCUCAACGUCCACUGGCCGAGGGGCCGACCGACACAACUCGUGUCCAGCUGCUUCAGUGGUGAGUUGGUGAUGUGGGACUUGACCAGAUCAGGGAAGCAGAAGUGGACUCUGCUGGGGACCUCUUCAGAGGGUCAGAACCACAGCAGGAUUGUCUUCAACAUGAGUUCGGUUCAACUGCAGGACGACCGAGAGCUGCUCAUCAGCACUUCCAUGGACAGAGAGAUUAAAUGCUGGGACCUGGGCUCUCUGGACUGCUGCUGGACUCUGCCCACCCUGGGCGGUUUCGUCUACACCCUGACCUUCUCCCCAGUGGGUGCAGGGUGUCUGGGGCUGGGUGUCGGGGACAACACGAUCCGGGUCUGGAACACGCUGACCACCCAGAACCAGUACGACACCAGGUUCUUCUGGCAGGGCAUCAAGUCCAAGGUCACAGCGCUGGCGUGGCACCCGACAAAAGAGGGAUCCUUGUCUUUUGGAACGGAUGAUGGCAAAGUUGGACUCUACGAUGUCUUCUCAAACAAGCCUCCUCAGAUAUCGAGCUCCUAUCACCGAAAAACCGUGUACACAUUGGCUUGGGGACCCCCAGUCCCCCCAAUGUCAUUUGGAGGGAAGUCGUCCUACAGCCUGUACAGCUGCGCCGGUGAAGGCGUCAUCCUGCAGCACGAUCCGUCUAAGCUGAGCGGAGAGGCGUCGGACAUCGACAAGCUGAUCAGAGACACGAACAACAUCAAGCACAAGCUGUCUCCACACACUGACCUCAGCUGGAAGCCGGAUGGGAAAGUGGUUGCCAUCGGCAACGAGGACGGGUGCAUUGAUGUGUAUCAGGCUCCCAGCCUGAAGCUGCUGUGCAGCAUCCAGCAGCACCACAAGAUCAUCAACGUGCUACGGUGGCAUCACGACCAUAGCUCUCCGCCUGAGCUACACUGCCUCCUGGCGUCGGGCUCCAGCAACGCCAUCGUCUACGUGCACGAUCUCUGCGCCGUCAUAGAGAAUCCCCCAGAAAGCUCUGUGGUGUUGACGGAGCCGCAUCGCAGGCUGUGCGGUCAUACGGCUAAAAUCACCGGGAUGGCCUGGAGUCCGCACCAUGAGGCCCGGCUGGUCACCGUCUCGUAUGACGGCACCGCCCAGGUGUGGGAUGUGCUGCAGGAGGCUGCUGUCGCCAACUACCGGGGUCACGUGGGCUACCUGCUGUGUGUGGACUGGUCGCCCGUCGAUCCAGACGUGAUCUGGACUGGAGGGAAGGACUUCACCGUGCAGGAGUGGAGAGUCUCCAAACAACCGUUCACAAAUCCACCCAAAGGGAAAAAGAUGGUCGAGCUGAGGGAAAAGAUGAAGGCCAAUCCCAAGCAGAAGAGGAAGAACAAGAAGGCGUCGGGGGCCGGGGGGGCUGCGCCGUCGGAGGCGAACGGGGAGCUGCUUACAGGAGGAGAGAAGUCGGUGAUGGGACAAGAGCUGUCUGGUGAAGAUGAGGAAGAUGAGGUCAGCUCAACGAGCAGUUCUGUACUUCCGCCAGCCACUUUUGAGGUGCAAAGAAAAUCCUCCGCCGCUGCUAAAAGCAAAGACAAACCAGACGCAAACCUGCUGAAGAAGAAGAAGCCCCGCUCCAUGCUGCCCAUCAGUACAUCCAUGGACCAUCGGCCCAAAGAGGAGCUGCUGCAGGACUGCGUCACCCUGGCCUCUGUCAAACACAACAGUGCGCCCCCUGCAGGCUGCGUCCCAGGCCAGGGGGAGCACAUCCAUCUGGGCCUCUUCUCUGACAGACAGGCUCUGCACCGCAUGUUUGAGUCAGAAGAGGAGGGUCACGCGGAGGCGGGUCACUACGACUCCGUCGUCUACGUGCGGCUGUGGGGCGGAGACCUGGAGGGGGCGCUGCAGCUCGCCACGGAGAAAGGAGAGCUGAACGACCACCUGCUCUCCAUCGCCCCCAUGGCCGGGUUCGAGGUGUGGAGCCGGACGGCGGAGGCCUUCGUCAAGCAGCUGUGUCUGCAGGAGCAGUACCUGAAGGCAGCGUCCCACCUGCUGUCAAUCAACAAGCUGUACGAGGCGGUCGACCUGCUGCACUCUCACAAGCUCUACAGGGAGGCCAUAGCUCUGGUGAAGGCCAGGCUUCCAGCAGACGAGCCCGUCCUGAAGGAGCUGUACACCAGCUGGGCUGCCGUGCUGGAGAAGGACGGUCAUUUCUCCGCCGCCGCUAAAUGUUACUUGGCUGCCGGGGCCAGUUUCGACGCAGCCAAAGUCAUCGCCAGGAAGAACGACGUCUCCUCGCUGAGGACGGCGGCCACUCUGGCGAAGAUCUCCGGGGAGGUCGCCCUGGCUCAGUCGCUGGCCCUGAGGUGCGCUAAAGACCUGGCCGGUGCUCAGAGCUGGGUGGAAGCCCAGGAGGUCCUGAGCUCACAGGAGAGCCUGUUGGUCCACAGGCUGCAUCUCUGCGUGACUGAGCUGCUGUCCGCGAUGCUGGCGGACGCCGACGUGGCGCCCCUGUCCUGCGUCUCCAGUCACCCGUGGGCGUCACCGGGCGGGGGUCACGUCAGCAUCCGGGACCGAGUGAGGGACGUGUGGGAGGAGCACUUUGGCGUUUCGCAAAAGUCGGCGGGACACCGCAGCGCCAGAGCUCUUCUGCGGGAGCUGAGGUCCGCGGAGAGUCCGGCGCCCACCGCCAGCGUCCCCCUCAGACAGGUCCUGCUGUACUCGUCCCUCCACCUGACCCGUUCUGUACUGAGCUGCUUAUCGGACGAUGACGGACAGCCGAUCAAGGAGUUGUGGCAGGCGGUGGCUUGGCCGAGAGACGCCGGACACUUCUGCGUCUCCGCGGAGCUCUGCAGGCUGCUGUUCCCUGACGGUGAUGUCACUGUUUGUUCCAGGAAACAUCCCAAAACACUUCAUCACACAGAAGAAGAAGAAGAAGCCAAAGCCGCUGCCGACAGUCUGCGGGCCUUUGUCCAUUACCACCGUCUGUAUGAACGCUGGUGGAGCAACUCCGCCGGCAACCGGGAGGUCCAGAACGGACUUCCCCUCUCAGCAGGCGACCCCUGCGCUGGAGGCCUGGCGAAGGACGAGCCGGUGAACGGGGGAUUAUCACAGUCGGGAGAGAGCGUCUGCCCGUCGGCCAGAAGGUCGGAUAAGCCGCACUUCGAUGCGUCGCUUCUUCUGUCCGAGCCUCACGCCGCCUGUCAGGCCACCCAGAGGUCAGUGAGAGAGAUCCAAGAGCGGCUGGCCGCCAUGGUGCUGAAGCACAGCCGAGCCCAGGGAGGGCAGCUCGACUCUGGGGAGAAACAGGCCGACACGCCCUCCACCACAGGGUCGUCCGCUGAUGCUGGGCAACGGCCUGAUGACCAGGAGACGUUCCUCUCUUUGUCCACCACGAUGUCAGAGCGCCAGAAACGGCUGGCUGACCUGCCGGACACGAUCAAGAUGUAUCCGCACCCAGAUGUUGUCGAAUGUUGCCUGGUUCUCCUGCACUUCGCCAAGUCCUCACCGUCUGUCUCUGAGUCCCUGCAACAGGAGGCCAAAGAUCUGCUCCAUAAAUACGGACCAAGUCCGUCGGUCCCGAAAGCCUCCCAGCUAGACUGAAAGAAGCACUUUCACUGUACAGAUAUUUGUUGAAUAAAAAUAAAAAAAACCUUCACGUACAAGA